AUGGAGUUCAUGACCGCCCUCCACUCGACAUUUGAUGAUAGCAAGCCGUCUCUCUUCGAACUAUUAUCCGAAGCGCAACUAGCGUCACUUCUCCCUCCAUCUCUCAGAUAUCUACUUGCUGUUGCAACAAAUCGAUAUCCACGCCACCUUCUGCGUCUUCUCAACUCUUUUGAUGAGGGUUACGCCGUCCUCAUGCUCUUGGUAGAGCGUUACUAUCUCAAGAGAUAUGGUGGUGGCUUUACAGAAAACUUCUACGGUCUAAAGCGUGAAAAAGCGCUCGCUUUGGGCGAGAUCAGCCGCGCAAAUAUGGCAGUGCCCUCCCAAGUACGCGAAGCGCUUGCAUUAACCAAUGCAGAUAUAUGGAAGAACUUGGCUGUAAUGGUAGGAUUACCAUACCUUAAGAGAAAACUUGAUUGGAGCUAUGAUGUCAACGCGCCGCGAGCUCUUUUGGGAGCAAGCUACACGCGCAUGCCAGCGAACCCGACCAUGAAGCAGAGAUUUUUACAUUACUACCGAUGGUUUCUUCGAAAUAUAUAUCCCAGUGUUAAUGCAGCUUACUACUUUUCUACACUAGCAUUCAAUCUUGCGUACUUGUUUGACAAUAGUAAAUACCACUCGCCUUUCUUGUGGUUGAUUGGAACAAGAAUGAGAAGACUAUCAGAGGCAGAUUUUCGAGCUAUUGCUGCACUUGACGAACCGAAGAAAAAGAUAAACGGAAGCUUACUGGAUCCGGGACUUCUUGGAGAUCGAAUCUUGGGGAGCUUAAAGAUCCUACUUCCGACUAGCAUAUUUGCAUUGAAGUUUUUGGAGUGGUGGCAUGCAUCUGACUUUGCACGUCAGCUAUCUCGUAAAGCUACAGAAGGCAUUGUGCUUCCACCUCCCGUGCAACCAGACCCAGCCAUUCGAUUAAAGCCAACUGAUCAGAUCGCUUCAAAUAAAUCUGUGGUCGGCCAGACUGAGGCUCCAUAUGAAUGCGAUAUUUCAGUGUCACAACCAAAGGUUCCGAUCGCCAUGAAAUCUCUACUGCCUAUAUUCACUGUUACGUCAAUACCAGACUCUGAACUAUGUCCCAUAUGCCAGCAAGAAAUAAAGACGGCGACAGCAUGCCAAACUGGUUGGGUAUUUUGUUAUAGUUGUAUUCAUCGCUGGCUAGAAGGCAGUCAUGAAAUGCAAGUAGAGUUUAUGAAAGGGAAAGAAGGAACUUGGGAGAGUGGAAUGGGGAGAUGUGCAGUCAGCGGAAGGCGAGUACUUGGUGGGACUGAAGGUUUACGACGAGUGAUGGUCUAA